AUGUCGGCCAUGACAGGUACAAGAUCACCUACGUCCCCUUGGCCUCCGGAGUGUCAAAACCUGCAGCUCGAGGGUUCCUCUACCCCAUCGGCCCUUUUCACAUUGCGUGAAUCUCAAAUGUCCCCGCUAGGACAUGGUAUCAAUCCUCACAACUCGGUAGCAGAACGCUCAGGUCCCAAUUACUUCUCUAUUAGCGUGGAAAGCCCUGGUAAUCCAAGGAGAAGCCGGGAUGCGAUAUCAUACACUCAGCCCCCGGUUUCUAGUCCCAAAGCACAGCUCUUAUCCAAAAACAAAGCUUUUGAGGAUUAUGUGGGCCUGCCGAAGACCGGGGUAGUGGCCGAUGACGAACACAGAGAAUCACCGGUAUUUCGGCUUUCCUGGAACCCUAGCCUACAGAGACGGAGUCCGAUACCUGCCCGACAGGAUGCAUCUCCUUUGAGGCAGACGUCUACUCACGGGCAUGGCAUUUCGGUUGAGCGCUGCGCAGAACUUCUCGGGUCCUCUCAUAGGGACAUCAUGCUAUUGGAUGUAAGGCCUUACGCGCAUUUCGCGAAGGGGUCUAUUAGAGGAUCGUUGAACCUUUGUAUUCCGACAACCCUUCUCAAGCGACCCUCCUUCGACACGCAAAAAUUAACAAAUACGUUCACGAAUGAAGCUGACAAAGAGAGCUUUGCGGGGUGGAGGAGAUGUCGUUACAUAAUAGUCUAUGAUGCUGCCACAUCUGACAUGAAAGACGCCAGUUCGCUGAUGAAUGUUCUUAAAAAGUUUACUGCAGAAGGGUGGAGCGGUGAGGGAUUAAUACUUCUUGGGGGCUACAAAGCUUUUUCAUCUCGCUUUCCCACUUUCAUUCAAGGACAGCAAGUUCCAGUAUCCGACUCACCCGCGGGAAGACCAUCUCGAAUGCAUAUUGAUCUUCCAAGUGUCGCCCCUGUUGCAGGCGGCUGUGCUCUCCCCGAGUCCUCCCAUGCCGCAAUCCCUUUCUUCGGGAACAUACGACAACACAUGGAUCUCAUCGGCGGUGUCGGUCAGAUCCCACUUCAAGUACCUCACAGUUUUUCAGAAACCAAGAAACGCUUACUCCCUCCUUGGCUGCGCGAAGUGUCAGAGUCCUCAGAUAAAGGCCGCAAAGUUUCAGAAAAGUUUCUGGGUCUGGAGAAAAAGGAGCUGGAACGUAUGAAGAAGGCAUUGUCUUACGAGAAGUCUACCGAUGCCGCUACAAUGAAUGACUCUUCGGAAAACUUUCGCGUGGCGGGAAUUGAAAAAGGCACAAAGAAUAGAUACAACGACAUUUACCCAUUCGAUCAUUCCAGGGUGAAGUUGCAAAAUGUGUCACCCGGAGACUGCGACUAUGUGAACGCAAAUCACAUGAAGGCAGCUUAUAGUGGUAAACAUUACAUAGCUACCCAAGCACCCGUACCUGAUACGUUCAAUGACUUUUGGCGCGUUGUUUGGGAACAGGAUGUCCGCCUGGUGGUUUCUUUGACUGCCGAAGUUGAACGGGGACAUGUCAAAUGCCACCCUUACUGGGAAUCGGGCAAUUAUGGACCUUGUCAGGUCAACAACUUUUCUCAGAAAUUCAUCUAUUUGGAUGCGCAAGAUCCGCAGCCAACUGAUAUGGAGCUUGACAAGCCGGAUGAUUCUGGCAGUCCUUAUAUCAUUGUCAGGCAUUUCGGCUUCUCAAAACAACUCUUUCGCUUGUUGACAAAGCAUGCCUUCCAGCAAUUAUAUGGUGCGCAAUAUCAUGCAGAUCGUGUAAUCUAUGACUUUGGGAACGAUGUUCUCGAUGUCAAAGCAUCCACCUUUUCAAGUUUCGAUCACCAAACCCUUGCUCUUGUCGCGCGCGGCCGGGAGAAGGUCUAUAUUUUUCGCAUUGAACAUGGCCAGCUCCGACCCCUAAGAGAGAUCAAUCUCCCUUGUGACCGCCCUGGGAUAUGCGAAGUCCUCCAGACGGCGUUCGAUGGAGAUGGCGGCCUCUACGUCCUUCAGCGGUUUGUGCCUGCCAUGGACGUGACUGAUACAAACGCAAACCACCCAUUUAUCAAGCAAGCAAUGCAGUCUAACAUUAACGGAAUGAACUACCUCUCAUGCCACUCCCUUGACUCGCCUGGCGAGCCCGUUCGAGUGUGUGCUUUCCCAGAUCACGCAAAUUACAAGCCUCUGGCGCUUGCAGCUAUGCAAGGCGGCAGCUUUGCUAUUUCGUGGCAGCACAAUUACGAUUGUAGCGACAAUGAAGUCGUGUUAUACACGGCUUCAACUAAUCCGCACAGCAGUGCAAAGUCGGGUGUCAUCGAUAGGUUCGCCCAAUCUAGAAACACUCGGAACUGUCUUGUCGGAAAAGGGCCCGUGGUGGGACUUGCGUUCAAUGACAGAUCUAGUCAAUUGCUAUAUCGGUACCGUGCACAAGCCUUGUACGGUUCAUUCCAGAAGAUCGAUCUCUUGCCUUUUCCAACUCAGUCUGUACUGUAUGAAAACUCAUGCCCCGUGCAAUUUUCAGAUUAUUUGACGCUGCUGUUCGGCAUUGGAAUACCAUUUUUUGGUACACAUGAAACCCGGGUGCAGAAUGGUCUCUCAAGAUGCCACUGGAAAUACCUUUCUUUUGGAAUAGCCACACAUCGUGAAGAGGACUGGACUGUCGCGUGCCUCCUGACCUCUGAGGCUAUUUGUCGAGCCAGUAACUGCGAGCAUGAAUUACAUCUUGAGCGCGGACGGCGGUUACCGGACUGGACGAUCGUGGCUCGUCUUCGUGGCUUUGAGAACUCGAAUACCUCACUUGGUUGCAUAGUUGCAGCUUCCAAGUUAGGAACUCGCAUAGCUGUUGCGAACUGGAAAACAAUUUAUAUCUGGGCGCUGGAGCCAGGCGCGUUGAUUGAACAUAAUGCAACCGGAUUUUACCCAGCCUCAUCUUGGCCACCAGGCUCCGAGGUGAUAGAUUUGCAGCCUAUAACCAUCUCCCUUGAUGCUGUAUGCUUUCAGCUACGCUUUGGCUUAGGUGAAAAUGACCUGGUAGCCAUUACAGACAGAGGUCUCGUAUACUGUGAUCUCGACCCGUCCGGGGGUAGUCACAGAACAAUCUAUCAAUUGGGCAUGGAAAAUGCACCGGGUUCUUAA